GCGGGGAGGAGGGAGCCGGCUGGCCGCCGCAGCCGCAGCGAGCCGAGCGGAGCGCGGGGAGAGCAAGAGGACCACUCCGCUGCGGAUGCAGGACCGUUGGAGCAGGGGCAUUGACUGAGCGGAGCCGCCCCCCCCCCCCCCAUUCUCCCGCCUGGGAGAUGCCCCGGGGGCACGGAAGCUGCUGCCGCGGACCCGGGCCCGGAGACCGGCGCUGCAGCGGCUGCCCCGGCGCCGGCUGUCGCUGUCACUGCUGCCGCCACCGCCGCCCUCGUGACCUUGGCCCAGGGCGCGAGGCGCCGCCGCCUCGGGGGUCCCCCGCCUCCAGCUGAGCCCCCAGCCGCGAUGAGCGCGCCCCGCCAGCCGGUGCCUUGGCCCUGGCUGCGACGGCGGCGGCUGCAGCCACUGCUGCUGCUGCUGCUGCUCCUGGCCCCGCGCCCCCGUGUCCGCGGCGACCCCGUGCCAUCGGUGCCACCGCCGCCCAGCUCGGAGCCCGAGGCGGAGCCCGGCCCGGAUCCCCCGUGGUGUCCCUACAAGGUGCUGAGCGAAGGCCAGGAGGCCGGCACUGGCCGCCUGUGCUUCCGCAGCCCGGAGCCCGAUUUCCGCUGCCAGCAGCGCCUGUGCAAGGCGUACCGCUCGGCGGGGCGCACGCUGGUGGCCAACGUGCUCCGCAACAGCAGCGUCCUGCUGCAGUGGCGCCCGCCGCCCGCCGCGCCUGCCCGCGAGCUGCGGGGCUUCGCGCUCAACUGCUCCUGGGACGGCAGCUACACCCGCUUCCAGUGCGACCGCGUGCAGCUCGGCGCCUCUUGUCGCGACUACCUGGUCCCCGACGUGCACGACAGCGUGCGCUACCGCCUGUGCCUGCAGCCGCUGCUGCGCCGGCCUCGUCGGGAGCCCUCCCCCCCGGGCGCCCCGCCGUCCCCGACGCCGCCGCCGCCGCCGCCAGCAGAAUGCGUGGAGUUCGCGGCCGAACCGGCUGGCAUGAGGGACAUAGUCAUCGCCAUGACGGCCGUCGGGGGCUCCAUAUGCGUUAUGCUCGUGAUCAUCUGCCUGCUGGUGGCCUACAUCACCGAGAACCUCAUGCACCCUGCUUUCGGGCGCCCCAGAGGCCGGAGACAGCCCUGAAGACCUGGCCACGGGGUUGGGCGGCUGCUGCCCUGGGGACAGCGAGCCCAGGCCCAAACAUCCUGCCGGGCAGGUGGGCAGAGACUGUGAUUGUACUUGGCUCCUGAAGUGGGGGGAAAGUGGGGGACUCACCCUUAUGCUGUUCCUCGGACUUAGCCCUGAGGGGGGCCCCCCCACGGGACUGGACUGGACUGGACUGGGUGAUGUGGGAAAGGCAUUAUCAGAGAGCUGGGCAGGGAAAGCCUAAAGUCCAAUUCUGGUUGCUGGGAGGGGGGAUGCAUUUGUCUGAACCCAAAUCAAGCCCCUCUCCCCUCCCCCAAAUCUCUCUAGUCACACACAACCCUACCCUGCUUCAGGACUCUGACCCAGCUCUCUCAUUCCAGCCCCCAGAACUGGGGACUGCACUGGAAGGUGGAGUGCAGACUACCAUGGGACCUAGGAGGGUUAGAUGGGAAGUCUGAAGAGGCAAGACAGGGCCCUUUCCCCCUAGCUCCAGGUGACACUGGGCAUGUGGACCCUGGCUGGGGGGGCCAUCUGAGCUGAGGUUCAGGGAACUUCGAAAACACCAAUCCUUUCCCCACUGGCCCUUCCUUUCCUAUCAGUGUUCAGUGAUUUUGACUACAUUUCAAGCCUGGACUGCAGCUUCCAGGGCAGUAUUUGGGAUUGAGGGGAACCUGCCCCGAAGAGGGAGUGGGAGGAAGGCCCACAGUGCCUCCUUGGUAUUUUGCAAAGUUAGAGGCCAAAUUAGGAGACUUAGUUUACUGUCCAAAGUGUGAGUAGGGCCUGGGCUCUUAGGCUAGUCAGCACCAGCACACAGCCCUUUGGAUUCAGCUCUAGAGACAAGAGGUGUUUAUUCCCUCUGAGGCCAUCUCCUCCUCUCCCCACACCACUCAUCACCACAUUAGAAAUACCCCUUCUGAGCUGCUUCAAAUCCCUGCCCAUUCCCACUUUUCCCUUCUCAAAUGGUCACUUCUCUCCUCUCUUUGCAUCACCUAAUCCACAGACUCCCAAACACCUGGCUGGGCAAUACCUCAGGAGGCCCCUUGACGAGCGUUUGAGAAUCACAAACCCAAAUUCAUCUGAAUUUUAAAAAUCCAAGCUGUGCCAUCUGUGGGGGAGAGAAAAAAAAACCCACCCCCCAGAGGGUGGGGCCAGGUAGCCCUGAGUGCAUUUUAAGGAAAGGAUUCCCUUCCUGCCUUCUGUGCUAUCUGCUUCUGGGUCAAUUUUCCCUAGAGGUUUGAAGACCUGUUGAGAGACCCUCCCCAAAGUUCACCAUCCUUGGACCCGGACUGGCUCCUUGCAUCUAAAAUUGCUUCCCAGGGAUAAUAGGGAGCAGCUGAGAGGUUGGUCUAUGAGUGUGUUCCAGGAGUGAGAAGGGUAGAUGCUUCCUCUGGUGGACCUUGGGGAGAAGGGUUUUGAGCAAAAAGUUGCCUCACAACCCACGCAACUGGUUAUUGCCUGUGCCCAUUAUAAAAGAUUGAGCCCAAGAGCCAUGGUACAGGAAGGUGGGGCUCACACCAAGUGCCUGUGUGGACCAACUUCUUGUUUGCUGAGGGGAAAACAGUCCUGACUAGUGGGAGGGUGGACUGAAGGACUUCCUUACCAAGGGGAAGAAGUGUGGGAAGGGAGGAGGAGGAGGCUUUUUCUAGUUCCUCAUCUGAACCACAAUCCCCAUUGCAGCCUCUUGGAUGAGUCUAGAGACUUAUCUAGAUAACCACAACCUUGCCCCAGGGGGCACUCUGGGAGGCUAUUCAGCCCCACUGUUGCCCUUUCCUCCCUCACCCACAUCCAGCCUGUAGCGAGCUUGGGCUCUUAGCUGCAUCACUCCAAUACCUACUAUCUUGUGCCUUAGGGUGGAAAGUUUACCCCGUGGAGACCCGCCCAUUUGUCCAUGUUAGGAGCUGUGUCCAUCCAGGAGCUGUGUUCAUUUGUGUUAGGAGCCAGUUGAUCCUGAUGGCCUUUGCUUUUGGCUAGACUAGUAUAAAGAACAGCAGAUUUGGAGCUGUAGAAUCUGGGUUCAAAUCCCUUGGCUGCCACUUGCCAUGUGACUUUGGGCAAGUUACUUCAUAUGUUGGGGAUUCCAUUCCUUGUCUAUACACUGAGGAGAAUUAUGGUAGCUUACCUACAAAGUCCUUUCCGUCUGAGUCUGUAGAUGUACGAUCUAGCUGGCUUUGGCUUCCUGGGACUGGCAGGUUGUGCUCUGUGGUGUGUGUGUCUCAGUCUGGUUGUUGCAUGUCCCUCCCUCCUUACCUCCUCCCUUUUCCCCAAUCAGAUCUUGCCUGGUAGGAUUAUUAGCACUCCCUUGUUGUCCUGUUUUCCCACACACACACUAACUACACUGUGGUCAUCUAGCUUCCAUCCCUGUUUCUGCUUUUCCCCUCCCCCACCACUAGGAAGUGUGAUGAUUGACCACCUUCUGGACUAAAGUUCUGGCUAAAUUUCCCCCAGAGGUUUGAGGGCCUGUUGAGAGAGGCAGAUGGCGACACCCUCUAUAGCUUUGUGUUUUUCCCUUGCUGUGAGUAUCUUGUUACUGGUAUUUCCCAGCUAGAGAUUGGAGCUGGUUGCCAGGGAGAAAGCCCACAGCUCUCCUGGCUGGACAGCACAGGGGUGACUUGAGAUCCAGAGAACAGACAGAAGGAAAAGCUGUCUGUGGAUUCAGGGGAAGAGCCAAUUCCCACAUCACUGCUGGUUAGGAGUAGCUUUAAAUAACUCUACAGCUGUGGCCAGUGCUGCCACCGGCUGGACUUAAGGGCUCCAUUCUGAGGCUCAGCUAGCAGGCUACAUCUGGAUACUGAAACCCCAAACAUCUGCCCGUGAUUCAGUAGGGCCUGGGCCAUUGGGGUAUGGGAAUUGUCCAAGAAGUCACCUGGACCCUUAAGUGCCAGGAACAUGGGUUAACUAGGGGUAUCCACAACACAACAGUUGCUUCUAGGCCAAAGAGGGACCUAGGAGGCUGUAGGUUGUAGAGGAGUAGAAGGGAAAGACUGAGCCCAAGAGAAAGUAAUUCUCUUGUCUUUGGGGAGGCAGUAUAUGUGGACAGGGGAGCCCUGGGGAUUCUGGCUUCUUCCCUGGCAUCCCUCAGCAUCCUAGACAAACCUUGUUCCUGGACCCAAUUCUCAGGGGAAGCUUUUGGCCUACCCUGUGCUGCCAAGCAUCCCAUACAAGUGCUUGGUCUAAGCAUCAAGGCUCAAGAGGGAUUGGUCUCCAGGUCACAAGUUACUGUCAAUAAGCCUGUCUAGCCCUAUUCCCUCUUUCCUCCAUUGAGGGAGAGGGGAAGAAGGGAGAAGGCUUCAGCCUCCUCCUUACCUAGAGACUCACUCCCUACCUCUUCCUUGCUAACUGCUCUGCCCCCACAGAAGUGGCUACAUCAUUUACUUGUGUAAUGUUUGUUAUUGGAAAUGAUCUUUGUUUUCCUGUCUAGAUAGAUUGAAGGAAAUAUUGCUGUGUAAAUAUUGGGGGUGGGAUACUUAUUUAUUAAGGGAUGGUAUAUUUGGGUUGGUUUGGGAGGACAAUUCAGCCCAAGAGGAUUCCCCUUUCUCCCUAGCUCUUUCUUAGAUGUUCUGUGCCUCAGCUUCCCCAACUGUGAAAUGGGACUGCCUGCCCUCCAGGGUUCUUGUUAAUGGGGAGUAUGAACAAGGACAGCUCCUUUCCUCCCCACCCUUGCUCCCCCAAAGGGCAAUGUCUGCCCAUCAGUAACCUUGGUAUUGGGGUUUAGCCCCUUCCUGCUUUGCACUGUGUCCAUGUGUCCAACUUGUCUAGUGUCCAUGUGUAACUGCAGCCCUCUGGUAGGGGAGUGGGAGAGGGAGGAAAAUAUGAUUUCCCGGGUGUGGUCUCCCUUCUCUGUGGACUGUGGGACCUCUCCGCUUUGCUGGGAGGGAGCGGGGAGGUUAGAGGUCCACUGCUCCUGUCCACAUUGAGCCAGCCUGCAAAUAAACUCGUGUUCUCAGUUCUGA